AUGGUUAAAAUAAAGAAGAAAUUGUUAUCGGAAAUUUCUCAAGAAAAACGUAGCCAAGAAAAAAAGAAAUCUUUGAAUCCAUUUGAAGUGCAUAUUAAUAAGGAUAAACAAAAUGUGCUGGGUAGAAAGAGCAAAGCAGAUAAAGGACUUCCAGGUGUAUCGCGUGCAAAAGCAAUUAAAAAACGGAAAAAUACACUUCUCCAAGAAUAUAAAUUGAAGCACAAGACUAACUUGUUUUUAGAUAAACGUGAGAAAAAUUCAUUCAUGAAUAAAGAAGAUAAAGCCUUAGCUAGAUUUACAGCAGAACAAAUGAGAGCUCAUAAGAAAAAGAAUAUUUAUAAUUUGAAUGAUGAAGAAGUACUAACACAUAGAGGCCAAACUUUAGAAGAAAUUGAAAAAUUUGAUGAUCCAAAAAGUGAUGACGAAUAUAGUGACGAUGAUGGAUCUGGUAAAUUAGAUAAUAAAUUUGUUAAUGAAGCUCAUUUUGGUGGUGGUGUUUUGUCAAAAUCAGAGUCUGGAAAAUCUAGGAAAGAUCUUAUAGAUGAACUCAUAGCUGAAUCAAAAAAACGCAAAGCUGAGAGACAAAAGAUACGUGAACAAACAAUAGAUUUAACAGAAAAACUUGAUUCUGAAUGGAGAGAUCUUCUUCCAAUCGUCUCAGCAGCCAAUAAUGUCGAAGAAACAACUGUACAUGCAAAGACUGACGAUUAUGACAUUGCAGUACGCGAGUUGAAAUUUGAGGCAAAAGGUACACCAUCAGAUAAAUUAAAAUCUGAAGAAGAAAUUGUAAAAGAGGAAAAGGAGAAAUUGGAGGCCUUAGAAGCAGAUCGAAUAGCAAGAAUGAAAGGACUUAUAAAUAAUACAAACAAUGGGAUUAAACACAAAUCUGCAGAUGAUCUUGAUGAUGGUUUCACACUAGAAACUAUAAAUGAUGAAAUUCUAACAAAUGAUAAAGAAAAUUCAAUUAAAGAUGCACACGAAGGUUCAAGCAAUGAAGAUACUAGUGACAUUGUUAAUAAGAGUAAUGAUAAUAAUAGUGAUGAUGGUGAUAAUAAUGAUGAUGAUGACAAUGGCGAUGACAAUGACACUGACAAUGACGAUGAUGAUAAAGAUAAUUUAAUUCUUAACAAUGAUGAAGAAAUUACAGAUAUUCAAGAAAAUGAACAAAUAAAUGCUACUAAAGCAAAUGGUAUUAUUAGAAAAGAAAAAUUCAUUGAGAAUUCCAAUAAAGAAAUCUCAGAAUCUGAAAGUUCUAAUGAAGAUAAUUUAUCAGAUUUGAAAGAAACAGAAUCUUCUAGUGAAGAAGAAAAUGAAUUAAACAAGAGCAAUAUGACAAUUAAUUUAAAAGCGCAAAAAAUAAGAAAUGAUCUUUUAAAAAGAAAAAAAAUCAUGGAAAGUGCAAGGAAAGAAUUGCCUUACACUUUUGAAGUACCGGAAAGUUUUACAGAAUUACAAGAAAUUUUGCAAAAUUAUAAUCCUGAUUGUCAAUCAAUUAUUAUUAUCUCCUUUUUUAUAUGAUCUUGCACAUUUAAAUCCACAAAAUGCUAGCUCUGUUACACAAGAAAUAAUAAAAGAAAAGCAUAAAGAUUUUGAGAAAAAUAAAAGAAAAUAUCCUGAUCUAGAUACGCUUAUUUUCUUUAAGUUGGUUUCUUUGCUAUUUCCAACGUCUGAUUUCAGACACCCUGUUACUACUCCCUCUUUAAUAUUUAUGUCACAAAUAUUAUUUAGGUGUCGUGUUAAAAAUAAAAUAGAUAUUUCAAAAGGUCUUUUUAUAUGUACGCUCAUAUUAGAGUAUACAACAUUAAGUAAACGAUUCGCACCAUCUGUGAUAAAUUUCUUGCGCGGAAUAAUUCACAUGUCUACGCCUAAGCAUUUGAUUCAAGGAAUAAAAAUAAUACCUCCUUUUAAAACAAUCGGAGAAUCGAGUAAUUUAUUGAUACUAAAUGAAGAUCAGACUAAUUUAGAUAUUAAUCCAAGUAACAUUUAUAUGAAAGCGUCCGAUCUAGUAGAUGGACCAUUAGAUGAUGAUUUCAGAACAAGAGCUUUAUUAAUAACUGUAAAUUUACUGCGCGAGUUUAAAAAUCAGCUAGAGGAACUAGAAGCUGCAUAUUCGAUAUUUGAGCCAAUUUUAAAAUUGCUCAAGCUAAAUUCUUUUAAUAAGUAUCCAUCAUCUGUGAAGAAACAUAUUAAGCAAUUACGAAGAGAAUUGAAAGAAUUGAAGAAUAAAAAGUUAGAAUACAUUGUAGUUGAGAAAAAAAAACCAAAACCAUUAAGACUGUACGAACCUCGAGUCGAAGCAGUAUAUGAUAAUAAGAAGCACAAACCUAUGUCCAAGGAGAAAGCUGAAAGAGAAAAACUAUUGCACAAAUAUAAAAAAGAAAUGAAAGGUGCUAUGCGUGAAAUACGAAGAGAUAGAGCUUUCCUAGCGAAAUUACAAAUAAAACAACAGAUUAAAAACGACGAGGAACGUAAACGCAAGGUGAAAGAGAUCUUCGGCGAAGCUGCAAUGCAGCAAAGUGAAUUAAAGAAAUUGAAACGAAAGAAAUAA